AUGGGCAACCCCGAAUCAGCCGCGGCCUUCGCCGAGGCUCGAAGGGAAAAGGCGGCCCGCAGGGCCAAGGCCGAAGCCAUCAAGAAGAGGCUAGCCCUAGCGGACGCCAUCAUCAAGAAGCAGGCCGAGGCCGUCGCCGCGAAGAAGGCCGCGGCCGCGGCCGCAUCCGCAUCCGGCUCCGCACAACCGACACAAGCACCCAGGCAGCGACCCGUCCAGCCCAGCAGCUCGAUCUCACAAGCCGAUGCCAUCAAGAGAGCCCAGCAGCAGAGGGCCUUGCAGCAAAAAGCAGCAGCAGCCAAUGUCAAGGCUCCUUCGUCUUCGGCACCAAAGUCCACGCAUGUGUCGAGGCCUUCCAAGUCGACGACAGAUACCCUGCCGAAGACGACGGUGUCCAGGUCAUCGGCCAUGCCGUCCACAUCUACUCGCGGACCCACGCACAGGACAUCAUCCAGCGCGAUGAAGUCCAAGAGCUCAUCCAGCUCCAGACCGUCGACGAAGAAGACGGUUCACAACAACACGCCGACGACCGGAGGAGACAUCCUGGCGAGGAUCAAGGCUAGGAAGGAGGCCGCGGCCAACCCCAAACCCGCACCGGCUAAGCCCGCCGUCAACCCUCAAAGGGCCGCGCAGCCCGCCGCCAGAGCCCCUGCUGCUGCUGCUCCCGCGGCGAGGCCAUCCGCGCCGGUCACUGCGCAGAGGCCCGCUCAGGAUUACCAGCCUCAGGCGGCGAAGAAGAAAGUUGGCCACCCCAACGCUCUGGUUCCGACCUCCGAAAUCCUCGCGCGCCAGCGCGCCGAGGCCGAGGCUGCCAAGGCCAGCGCACCGAAGAAGAAGACGUAUCACCCGAACGCUUUGGUCCCGACCCACGAGAUCGAAGCCAAGAAGCGCGGUCUCGAAGGCGUCACCGACGGCGUCGGAAGAACCGUCGGAGAUGUUGGAAAGACUGCCGGUGGCCUCGUCGGAGGUGUCACCGACACGGCCGGCAAGACCGUUGGCGGAGUCGGCAAGACCGCCGGUGGCGUCGUCGACGGUGCCGGAAAGACGGUUGGUGGCGUCGUCGACGGAGCUGGCAAGACAGUCGGCGGCGUCGCCGAUGGCGUCGGCAAGACCGUCGGCCUCGACGGCCUCGGAAAGACAGUCGGAGGCGCGACGAACGGCGUCAACAACACGCUCGGCGCCGCGACCGGCGGACUCGGCAAGACGCUGGGCGACACGACGGGCGCGCUCGGCCGGGGCGACGUCAUGGGCACGGUGGGCGGGGCGACGAAGGGCGUCGGAGACACUGUCGGCGGCGUCGGCAAGGGCUUGGGCGACACCGUUGGUGGGACAGUUGGUGGUCUCGGUGAUACGGUCGGUGGCCCUCUCGGCGGCGUCGUCGGGGGCGUUGGCAAGGGUGCUGGCGAUGCCGUCACUGGUAUCACCGGGGGCUUGGGCAAGGGCGUCGGCAAGGUUGGCCAGGGCGACUUGCUCGGUGGUGUUGGUGAUGUUGUAGGCGGAGUUGGCGAUGGCGUUGGUGGUCUUUUGGGUGGUGUUCUCGGUGGUCUUGGAGGUCAAGGUGACCAGAAGGAAGGCGGUGGAGGCGGAGGAGGUCUCCUUGGAGGAGGCAACGGCGGGCUGCUUGGAGGUGUCCUCGGCGGAGGUGAGGACAAUCCAGGACUGCUUGGCGGAUUGCUCGGCGGAGGAAAGGAUGGUGGUGGUCUGCUUGGUGGUCUCGGCGGUGGAGGAGGCAAGGGCAAAGGUGGUGGAGGAUUGCUCGGUCUCUAG